UUACGUUCUCUUAUUCCAUAUGUUGUAUCCUUUCUUUGACUUAGUGUAAAUUGGUUAUCAAAAUUAGUUGAUAAUGGAUUUAGGUAGGACAUAUUGCAUAUUUGUAGUUUUUAAACAAGUUAAUUUCAUAAUGCAUUAGAACUACUUUAUGGGAAAUGCAUUAGUAAGAUCUCCUCGUCAAAGCUUAAAGACAAACAUCAAUGUUAGAGAUAAGAAAUCAGAGUUGCUAUGGCAAGGGACAUACCAUUCCUACCUGAUGUUAAAAGUAAGCACCUGUACACUGAAUUGUAGAAACUUGAGAUUUUUAGCCUUUUUUUCAUGGGUUACCUUAACUGUGGUGUUCAUGUCUCUUUUAUCUUUCCACCUGUGCUGUAUCUGUGAAGGGAAUUUAAGUACUGUAAACAUGUUUAUAGUAUAAACAUGGGGGCUAUUCUGUGAGAAAGAAUGAUUCAGCAUCAGCAUUAUCUCUAUUUUAAAGUUCUUCUCUCUGUAAGAAAGGAAUAGUAGGUUAUAUAUAAUUUCAAUGGAUGGGGCCUCUGUAAUUGCGUUUUCGUUACUUUGCUGUUACCUAAGGGCCUUAUUAGUUAGCUUGAGUUUAAGACUUUCCCCAGGGCAUUACAAGUGUUUAUGAGCUUUGUAGCUGUUCAUUUGUUGUAUGAGAACAACACUUCACAGCAUAGUGCGGCAUGGGUUAGUGUAUUGAAACUUUAAAUCCUGAUAAUGUUGUCCUUCAUACAGUGGGGAGAGCAAGUAUUUGAUACACUGCCGAUUUUGCAGGUUUUCCCACUUACAAAACAUGUAGAAGUCUGUAUUUUUUAUCAUAGCUACUCUUCAACUGUGAGUGACGGAAUCUAAAACAAAAAUCCAGAAAAUCACAUCGUAUGAUUUUUAAGUAAUUAAUUUGCAUUUUAUUGCAUGAUAUAAGCAUUUGAUACAUCAUAAAAACAGAACUUAAUAUUUGGUACAGAAACCUUUGUUUACAAUUACAGAGAUCAGACGUUUCCUGUAGUUCUUGACCAGGUUUGAAAAACUAACAGGUAUGUGAGAGCUGGAAUUCUUACUGGUUGGUCGGUGAUCAAAUACUUAUGUCAUGCAAUAAAAUGCAAAUUAAUUACUUAAAAAUCAUACAAUGUCAUUUUCUGGAUUUUUGUUUUAGAUUCCGUCACUCACAGUUGAAGUGUAGCUAUGAUAAAAAAAAUACAGACCUCUGCAUGAUUUGUCCUUGUUUGGGUGUAAGUGAUGUCUGCCAUCAAAGGAAAGAAGUGCACUCUGAUAACCAGGAGGUUGAUUCUGUGGGUUGUAUUGACCAACAUCAUGUUGUUGCUGUACUGCUUGACCAACCCAAGCCAAGUUAAGAUGAGGGGCUCCCAGCAAGACACAUGUCCUCUAAGUAUGAAAGAAGUAUUGAAGAAAAAUGUAAGCUCACCUUCUCACAGCAUGUCAGAAGUUUGCUCCCCAAAAGUAAACAUCAUGUUCAUGAAGACCCACAAAACUGCCAGCAGCACCAUACUCAACAUCCUCUUCAGAUUUGGAGAAAAGUUCAAGCUUACGUUUGCCUUUCCUGAUGGCCGCAAUGACUUCUCCUACCCGUCGCCUUUCCUGUGCUCCCAGGUGAAGGACUACAGGCCUGGAGACUGUUUCAACAUUGUUUGUAACCACAUGCGCUUUGACCAUCAGGAGGUAGCCAAGCUCCUGCCUCCAGAUGCUGUGUACAUCACCAUCUUACGAGACCCAGUGGAUCUCUUUGAGUCGUCCUUCAAUUAUUACCACAGAGCAGUUCCUCUCACAUGGAGGAUCAAUGGAGAGAACAAACUGGUGGAGUUUUUGAACAAUCCCCAGACCUUCUACAGCCCAGAGGCUUUCAACUCAUUCUACCUCAAAAAUCUGCUCUUUUUUGACUUUGGUUUUGACAACAAUCUGGAGGGUGAUGAUCCUCGUGUAAUGAGGGAUAUUCAUAAGUUAUCAAAACGUUUUAAUUUGGUUCUUGUAGCAGAAUAUUUUGAUGAGUCACUUAUCCUGCUCAAGGACACACUGUGCUGGACCAUGGAGGACAUCCUGUAUUUCAAACUCAACGCUCGCAGGAGCUCAUCAGUAUCUCGUCUGACACCAGAGCUGAGAGCCAAAGCUUUACAGUGGAAUGGGGCUGACUGGAGACUCUAUCAGCACUUCAAUAAUACUUUCUGGGCCAGAGUUGAGGCAUAUGGGAGAAAAAGAAUUAAACAAGAGGUGGAAGAGCUCGGGAGAAGAAAUGCAGAGAUGGAGGCCAUCUGUAUUCAACAUGGAGGUGCAGUGGAAGCUCAAAAUAUUCACAACAGUCGUUUCCUUCCCUGGCAGCCAGUUGGAGAGUCUUCCAUCCUUGGGUACAACGUGAAGGAAAAUAUUGAUCCAAAAUUCAGGGAAAUCUGUGAAAAAAUGCUCACACCUGAAAUACAAUACUUGUCAGAGCUUGGCGUCAGCCUGUGGCUGACUAGACUAUGGGGUUGGUUCAAAGAUGCCGUUUUUAGUUUUUGACAGAAAUGUUUUACGUGUUUUGUAUACUUGGAAAGAAUGCUUCUCCUUUCCUAGCAGCAAGGUGGAGUCCUUUUUGUUAUUGUACCUACCCUAAACGUAACAUGAUACUUGAGAUUGAUAUGUAUCAGCACUUAUGUGCAAAACUUAUUUGCAUUUGUCUCCACUGCAAGGGCAAAUGAUUGUCUUUGUUUAGUUCAGAGGAAAGACACCAGGACAGACAUCUACAGUCAGUGCUAACUAUCAUUUUCAUUAUUAAUUGGGAUAAAUAUACCAGUGUGCCCCCUAUAGGCCUGAGUCUCAGGUGCAGUUACAUGCAGUGGAUUUGAACAGUAGUGGCCUUACCUGACCCUGACCUAACGGUUUACGAGAUGUCUUCACUAUGGACAGGAAUUGUUUGACAUUGCAGAUUUUUCAACGUGUACAUUUAAACUUAAAUUCAGAUAUAUAUAUAUAUAUAUAUAAGGAUUGAUGAGUUCCAUGAUUGUUUUUUUAGUUGGCAGCUACUGUGUCUAUAUAAUAUUGUUCUUGUUUGAGCAAAAAAAAAAGAAGUUUACCUUUUCAUUCAUGUUUUUUGUACCGCCUGCUUCAAUAAAAUAGAAUUUAAUGGCAUAUCUGAGCCCCAUUCAAGUGUUA